AGCAGCACCAAUGCAACAGUCACACCAGAGAUGACUUCAGCUGAUGCUACUAUCAUCAGCAGCACCAAUGCAACAGUCACACCAGAGACAACCUCAGCUGAUGUUACUAUCAUCAGCAGCACCAAUGCAACAGUCACACCAGAGAUGACCUCACCUGCUGUUACUAACAUCAGCAGCACCAAUGCAACAGUCAUACCAGAGACGACCUCACCUGAUGCUACUAUCAACAGCAGCACCCAUACAACAGUCACACCAGAGACGACCUCACCUGAUGUUACUAUCAUCAGCAGCACCAAUGCAACAGUCACACCAGAGAUGACUUCAGCUGGUAAUGUAGUCUGA